AUGGGUUGCACAAGCUCAAAAAGCCCAAGAAGCUCAAAAGUUUAUACAGAACUUACCAUAGAAGAUAUCGUUUUGCUUAAAGAGAAAACAAAACUUUCCGAAAAAGAAAUUCGGGAGUGGCAUGCCGGAUUUUUGAAUGAUUGUCCAACUGGUAAACUGAACAAAAAACAACUCAUUAACGUUUACAGACACUUCUAUCCACUAGGAAACGUAGAACCGUUUUGCAAAUAUGUAUUUACCGCUGUUGAUACCAAUCGUGAUGGGAAGAUCGAUUUUGUCGAAUACCUUUUGCAGAUUGCCGCAAUUAGUCACGGUGAUUUAAACAAACGACUGUCAGCUGCGUUUGAUUUAUACGAUAUAUCUGGCGAUGGACAAAUCGAUCGAAAAGAACUCACCAUGCUAAUUUCUGCGUUGUAUGAACUUGUUGGGGAAAAUUAUCGAAAAGGUAAUCGUGAUCCGAAGAGUCGUGCUAAUGAAAUUAUUGCUCGACUCGAUAAGAACGGCGACAAGAAGUUGAAUAAAGAAGAAUUUAUUGCCGGAUGCCAAAAUGAUUCCAUAUUACGACGCAUACUUGCACCAACUGUUUAA